GUAGUUGACUCAGUUCCACGCGCGGUGUGUGUAUCUCGACAGCGUCGUGCCCGAUAUAUACUUAAUAGGAAGCUGCUGCACCUGUCCUCGAGGAUAGCCAACUACUAUAUAGGUAUAACGCGCACAGUCGAUCGACCCUCGCGGAAGAAGAGCAACAGCAGCCCCGCGUGCAGUCGUAUCACGUAUAAUAUAUAGUACUGCAGUCUCGCCCCACGCGUCGAUGAGAUCGCGAGUCUGUGUAUCAUUGACAAUUUUCGAGGUUUUUUUUUCAUAAUAUACAUCCGUGACUUGUGUGUGCGCGUGUGUGUGUCGCUGCUUACGCACAAGUCACAACGCAGUGUUUACUCCCACGAAGAAAGAGGUCUGAAUUCAACUCCGCAGGCCGCCGCUGUCGUUGUCGCCGCCGCCGUUGCCGGAGCUGUGCGAGUGUUAAAGUACCGCAGCAGUACUCGACUCUCCGCGAAAAUUUUGAUACAUACACAAAGUUACAGCCAUGAUUCUGCUGGAGAUAAACAACAGGAUAAUCGAGGAGAUUCUGACCAACAAAAUCAAAAAUGCCUUGGCUGGAACUAAACUUGAAUCCACGGAUGUUAUGAUAGCAGAUUUUGAUGGAGUCUUAUUUCACAUUUCAAACUUGAGUAAAGACAAAUACAAAAUUAGAAUAAGUGCAUUGCUCAAAUUUUACAAGCAAUUGCAAGAACAUGGUGCUGAUGAUUUGCUUAAAAGAGAGUAUGGCUCUUAUCUGGUUGAGCCAGAACAAGGAUACAGUGUGACAGUAAUGAUUGAUUUAGAAAAUUUACCAGAAGAUUGGGAAGGCUUAGUAAAGAAAAUAGGAUUGUUAAAGAGGCAUUGUUUUGCAAGUAUAUUUGAAAAAUAUUUUGAUGCUCAAGAAAAAAUCAGUGAAAAUCCAGAAGAUGAAAACAAUAUUCAAACUAAAGCUAUUAUUGAGUACAGAGAUCAAGAGAUUAUAUAUGUGGAAGCUAAAAGCGAUCGUGUCACAGUGGUGUUUAGUACAAUAUUUAAAGAUGUCGAUGAUAUGGUUAUAGGUAAAAUGUUUUUGCAAGAACUCAAAGAAGGUCGAAGAGCUAGUCACACUGCUCCUCAGGUUCUAUUCAGUCAUCGCGAACCUCCAUUAGAACUGCAAGAUGUUGGACCAGCAAAUAAUGAUUGCAUUGGAUAUAUUACUUUUGUGUUAUUUCCACGUCACACAAACCAGGAAGCUAGAAGUAAUACUAUUGAUUUAAUACACAUGUUUAGGCAUUACUUGCAUUAUCAUAUUAAGUGCAGUAAAGUUUACAUUCACUCUCGAAUGCGUACCAAAACAACUGAUUUUCUAAAAGUAUUGAACAGAGCUCGUUCUCAACCUAAAGUUACAGAGAAAAAGACGAUUACGGGCCGAACAUUCAUUCGAAAAGAAUGAGCACAUGAAUUAAGGAGAUGUUACUGAACUAUGUUAUUGUGUAUUAAUCAACAAAGAAGAAUCAAAAGUAUUGCCUCAGGAUAAAGUUACUAGGUAAAUUACUGAGCAGAAGCUAUGCUGAAAGCAGUUUUUGAUAGGUUUAGGAAUAUCUAUUUGCCUAAGAGUCCAAAAGCAGAACAAUACAAUUUAUGAAACGAGACGUAAAAGAUUUUACGCUAGGCUUUCAUAUUACAGUGAAAUAAGCCAUGGCAUUUAUUAAUUGUAAUACUUAUUUAGUAAAUCAAUCAAAAUGUGAUUGAUACAAAAAAACUACGUGACAAUAGAUUGUUAAGUAGUUUCUCAACAAAAACGAAUAUAACACGGCGUAUAAUCAUACGAUUCGGUGAAUCGUCGGUUGUUGUGCUGUGAGAAAUAUUGAUUAUUAAUAUAAUAUAUCGAAAAAAGUUCAUUCGUUCAAAUUGUUACAUUGCAAACACCGAUCCUUUUUACCUUUUUCUACCGAGUAUUAAAAAUUCUAUUUCCAUAAUUCAUGAAAUAAUUAAUUCGUGAAAAAAUCUUAUGAAAUGAAUCAAUAAGUUUAACGCAAGAUUUUUUAAAUAAACAUUGUUAAAAAUAUUUUUAACCGUUAUACUUCUGACUGACGACUUACCAACGCUUUACCUUCCUCUGAGUGCAUUUGAAACAGCAAAGACUGUAUUACGCUUGUACAAUAUACUAAGUAGAAACUAAAAAUGCACAAAACUGAGUCACUUUUGUAAAAAAAAAUUGUAAGUCAGGGUGAUUAUUAUAAUUAUAAAUAAAUUAAUAACAGAACUGACCAGAGAGGGUAAAAUAACUCUUCUUUUCUCGUAUCAUAUUGUACUUUUGAUUCCAGCAGAUCUAUUAUUUUUUAAAGAUAAAUGUAAUUAUUUAGCAUCGAUGUGAAAUUUCGUUUGUAAAACGCGGUUUAGCAGGAGUUAUCGGUGUGUUCAUGUACGAAAAAGGAAGCUAUCGAUACGAUGCAACAGGUAGUUUUCUUUUUUAUCUAAAAAAAAAUAUGAUAAUUAAAUAUUUUUAUUUUUUAUCUUUAUCGCAUAAUUAUUAUGUAAUAAAAAUUAAUAUAACAUAAUAAAACAAGGGAAAACUACCGAAACAUGCA